AUGCUGUCUAGAGGAACAUGGAGACGUAUCUCGGGGUUGACAUUUCGUAGAGCCUCUCCUCUUCAUCCUGUAAAUCGCAGAUUUACUCCAAUGAAGAGUAUAACGAAAUCAGGAUGGAUUCUAUCGAUAUCAAUAGGGUCGGCUGUCACUUUACACUCUAUAUCUGGACUGGUGUCGCCUUUAAAUUCGCAUACCAUAAUGCUUGAGCCAUUUAUGUCGGCAACAUCAAAUGAACCGAAGACAGUCAUCUAUACUGAACUAGUUGUACCCAAACAUCUACCGAUCAGAGUCACUUUAUUCCGCAUUUUAUACCUUGUAUUCAACUUCCUGCCUGUAGUAAUCACAUUUCCAUUGUGGUGGUGGUUUUCGAAUACCAAAACUGUAAACCACAUCGAAUGGAAUCCGUCAUCUGAAAGCUGGUGGUUGUCUCUGCUGAGGUAUCGGAUGGAGCAUGGAGGAGUGCUGUUUAUCAAGUUGGCACAAUGGAUCUCAUCACGAUACGAUGUAUUCCCUCCUGAUAUAUGCUAUUCGCUAUCGCGUCUCCAGUCUCGUGUCACAGCCCAUAGUUUACAACAUACAAAACAAUCCUUCAAAUCGAGUUUUGGAAUCGAUAUGGACAUAGUCAUCAAUCUCAACGAAACCCCAAUUGGUAUAGGUGCUAUAGGACAGGUGUAUAAAGGUGUCUUGAAAGCCGACGGUGAAGCUAUAGCAAUCAAAGUCCUUCAUCCUGGUAUCUUGGAACCGUUACUGGCCGAUCUGUAUAUAAUCACUUGUGCUGCUCAAUUCCUGGACCGAUUCUCACAAUUGAAGCCAUUAUCGCUGCCGGAGGAAGUGGAGACGUUUGCAUACAUGCUACUAUCGCAACUGGAUUUACGUAUAGAAGCAGAAAAUUAUUGGAUGUUUAAACGGAAUUUGAAGGGUUGGACACAGUUGAGAGUCCCCGAUGUGCGUAAGAAUUGGAUUGCCAAGGAUGUGUUGGUGGAGAGUUUAGAGCCUGGAGUGCAUCUUCGACAAGUAUUGGGUGUUGGGAAGGGAGAGUUUGAUCAUGAAUUGUUAGAGCUGGGAGUACGAGCAUUCCUGCAAAUGUGUUUGAAGGACAAUUUUGGACAUGCAGAUCUCCACCCUUCCAAUAUUUUAAUUACCUUCACACCACCGCUUUCGUCUAAAAGCAUUGAUACAAAGCUGGUUGACUCAUUUUUAAAUAGACCAACUGGUGAUUCGUUAACAUCACUAUAUGAAGCUGGAUACAAACCUCGCCUGACUCUUGUAGACUGUGGAAUUGUGUCGAAUCUGUCAGAAUACUCGUUGAUGACCUUGAAGGAAGUAUUUGCUGCCGGAAUAGAGUUUGAUGGGGCGAAAAUUGGUAGUCUCUUGGUUGAAAAAUGUCGGUCUCCACAACUGGUAAAAGAUCCAACGGGUUUCAAGACGAAGGUUGCUGGACUGUUUCAGUCCCUGAAGCUCGAUAAUGAGGGACAGCUCAUGCUCAGUCAAGUCCAUACGGGGCUGAUUCUUGAGAAGUUUAUGGCAUUGUUGAGAGAGCAUCACCUCCACAUGCCUGGUGAUUUUGCAGCAUUAGCUAUAGCAGCUGUGCUUGUCGAAGGGUGUGCUAGAAGGCUGAGGUCUGAUAUAGACCUUGUGCCUUUGCUGACGGAUUAUUUGUGA